AUGGCGAAUAAUACGCUCAUUAAGGUUUCGUUCUUGUUAAGUAUGGUUCUGUUAACUUUGAGUACGAGCGAGCAAAUACUGUGCUGUGAAAAUAAUGCAUUACUGGAGACCACAGGUGACGCUAUUUUAACUGUCUUCGUGGACGCCAAUUAUGGACAGCAUUGUAAUGUAUCGUCGAACAAAGGUCUCCAACAAAUUUUAACGGUAUUACAUGUCGUGCGAACUUUAAACGAAUAUAACCACAUACCGAAUGUGAAAUUAGGUUUAAGAAUUUUCGACACGUGUCAUGAUAGGAUUACAGUGUUUCGACAAGUUUUGCGAAUAGCGGUUGAACAAAGUUGCGCCCCAGAUUAUGAGAUGGGUAUACUGAUGCCAGCCCAAUAUGGACCCAUAAUAGAUUACCUUCAGGAUUAUAGCGAUUUGCCAAUCGUUAUCUACGAGGAACGAGAUUUCACGGUACCCAUGAUCGAUAUCCUGGCACAUUACUUGAGCACCAUGUACGAGAUCGUCGAUCUGGUGCACGCUAACACGGAUUCUGUUCUCGAUCAUUUCCUGGAAGUUACCAAGGACGCUGGUGUGUGCGUGAAACGAAGUGACAGACGUGUCAACGGUGACAGGUACGCGAACGUCACGGAAACGGUGAUAAUCGCAAUCGACCUCAUACCAUCUGGAUCGUAUGUCAUUAAACCGGAAAUUCCUCGUUUCGAUCUUGGCGAGUUCUCAAGCGCGAGUGAAUUCCUGGAGAACUCCAACAACUCAGUGAACCACUCUCCGUAUCUUCUCGACAUUGGGAAGGCCGUCAUCAAGUUGGCGGAAGUCUUCCAGGACUUCCGCAAGAGAAGCUGCGCUAUCGAAGAGGAGAGUAACAUUAUGACGCAAUCCUCAGAAUCGCAGACAUCAGAAUCGCAGCGGGAAAUUCGUGAUUUUGAUGUCUACGAGUUCCUUCAUAUGCAAUCGGGAUCACACUCGCUAAGAUACGUGGUCACCACGAAAACGCAGCACGAGCUCAACGACGUCGCUUUUUACGAGAUCUUGGUGCCCCAGUUACGCGUUCUUCCGGAAAGGACAACGUCCGGAACGCCGGGGCUCUGUUUGGAGCAUCUCAUUAAGAAUUGCGAAAACUGCACAAAUUUUCAGGAUCGCGAUACGAAAGUACACGUUGUUGGCAAAAAUGUCCUAAAAAGCAGCUUCUACGUUCCUGUAUUUUUGAUUGUCAUCAUGUGUGGUACUCUUAUGUGCUGCGUGAUGGUGAUUUUUAUCGUCUAUCGUUUCGCAACCAAAGAAAUUUUCGAUAGCAAUUUGGUCCUCACAAUCGUCCUCGUCCUGACCAACAUAUUUAUCCUACUGACGGCACUGCCCUUCUACGUGACGGACGAUUAUUUCGGCGCGGAAAACUUGAACGCAUGGAAGAUUCUCCUCACCACUCUCGCAUUUGGCCUCACAUUCUCAAUCAUGCUCUCGAGAGCACUCUUCUUAGCCAUGUCCACAGGUGGUGUUUCCAUCAUCCACGUUAAUGGGUAUUUACAGAGUCUUAUGGCGUUCUUCGUAUACGGUGUACAAAUCGCUAUGUCGGUCAUGUAUUUCGUUCUGAGUACAAUGAACUCAGCUGUCGUCGUCAGGAGUCUUAUUUUUGUUGCAUUACUAGGAUACGAUAUAUUUUUGUUAAUUGCACUCUUCGUCGCUUACUACUUCAUUAUCCGAAUACAAGGUAAUCAUCACGAAGGAAAAUAUUUCUUCGGAACAGUUAUCGGUUUGCUGAUAAUAUGGCUAAUAUGGUUGACUUGCUUCACGUUAAUGCAACCGGAAAAUCGUGACGUAGUCGUUUCCCUCGGUAUAGUCGCUACGGCUUAUUUAAUUAUUUUUGGUGUCUUAAUACCAAGGAUAUAUUACAUGAUUACACACACACCUAAAAGGAAAGAUUCAGGGCAAAGAUUCGAUCCUAUCAACCUAUUAACCGAUUCGACUGUUAAUACAAUCAGGCAGGGAACAUUGCGUUUGCAGUCAUAUUCCUCCCACAAUUAUGUUUAUCCUGCUCGAGAAAGUCAUUCAAAUUACUAUGGUAAUUUAAACUCAAAUCCAAAAUACUUCGAGAGAUGCCGAAGUUUAAAUCACUACGAAACGCCUACAUAUAAUAAUUACGAAUGUUAUGCGGAAAUGAAGGAAAUCGACGCUGCUUACGUCAUGCCGCGAAUGUACGUCGAGAACAUUGAGUUUUUAGCAACAAAUAACGUCAUUUACGCGCAGCCAAAAAUCUAUAGAUCUCAGAGAAUAAAUUUGGAAGAGAGAAGCAACACAGAAACCACUUGUAAUAGAGAUAACUCUUCACCUAUCUCUAGACAACACAUCGAAAUGUAUUCCAUAAGAUACACUAGCCCAACGUAUAUGGCAAAGAAAGGAAGGAUCAAUGAAAAAGAAGAAGAUGAAGAAGAAGAAGAAAACGAAAAGAAUCAGGAGGACGAAGCUGCCAGUAAAAUUACCCGCUUUUGA